AUGAUGAGAAAUCGCUCAGUGGAGCUUGAAGAUGUCUCACAUCAUCUGCAACGUGUAUCGGAUUGUGCAAGAAAUAUAGUCGGUGAUGUACCUCAACAUGAACAUGCAGGAGAUAUUGCUAAUAGUAAGUCUAAAAUCAUUAAAGCAAAAAUUGUUAAAAAAGCAACGAAGAUUGUAGAAAAGCCCGCGACUAUUAUUUCUGGUGCAUUAAGAGGAAUAUUGUCUCCUGUUACGGCUUUAUUGCCGAAGCCAGUGUCACUUGCUCGGACGGUAUCUCGAGUGCGUGUAAGGGCCAAUCCUGAGGAAAUAAUGAAUCCUACGACUAGAGGUGAACUUAUAUUAUCAGAGUCUUUAAAACAUACACAUAAUGGUGAGCUGUUUUUAAUUCAUGAUAGUGAAGGUGGCAAGAAAAGAUUUCUAAUGUUUUCUACCAAGAAAAAUUUGAAUUAUUUGACAACUUGUAGUCAAUGGCUCGCCGACGGUACUUUUCGAGUUGUGCCAGAAAUAUUCAGUCAAUUGUACACUUUACAUGGCUUCAAAAAUGACAAAUGCUUGCCUCUUGUUCAUAUAUUGGCUUCAAAUAAAUCGAAACACACGUAUUGUUCAUUUUUACGAGUAUUAAAAAAAUGUCUACCGAACUUCUCACCUGCUCGAAUCAUGGUAGAUUUUGAAAUUGGUUUUAUUGAGUCAUUUAAAGAAAUCUCAUCUAGUACUAAAAUUUCAGGCUGUAACUUUCACUUUUCGCAAUCUGUUUGGCGACGUAUACAAUCAUCUGGUUUACAGAGCAAGUAUAACACCGACUUAGAAUUUGCUUUAAAUAUGCGUCUUCUUCUUGCCUUAGCAUUUGUACCAGCAGACGAUGUCAUAUCUGCUUAUGAGGAAGCCGUGUCGAGUGAUUAUUUUGACCGUCAUAGUGAUAUUUUGGAUGAAUUAUUGACUUCAUUCGAGAUGUCAUGGAUUGGAAAGCUUCGGCAUAACAAGAAACGACGCAAGAAGCCAUUGUUCGACUUAAAGCUCUGGAACUGUUAUUUAGCCGUAUUAGAUGAUCAACUACGAUCGAAUAACCCUGUUGAGGGCUGGCAUCACGGUUUUAAUAACCGUGUUGAGGUUUCCCACGCGAGCAUUUCUCGAUUUAUAAAUUGCCUUAAAGAUGAGCAAGUGAAUACAGAACUGUUAAUUACUCAGAUGAAUUCAGGACUUAAUGUAGCUCCAAGGGCACGUCAAGCAUAUCGGGAUUACAACAGUCGUUUGAAAUUAGUAGUCAGUAAUUAUGAUCGCAAUAAUAAGCUUCUAUAUUUAAAUAACAUUGCAAAAAUAUUAAGAAUGAGUUAG